GGCCAAGCCCCCCUUCGUCCAUGCUUUGUGACGUAGGUAAGACAAGUGUGUCUCUGGAGAGAAGCUGGCCUCCUGCAAGAAGGCAGGGAGGCAGGCGGGCUUGCAAGCUGGCCUCAAGCCGGACAUGGCAUCCCUCGGUGCGGGGCUGCACAUCAACCGCAAGCGGGCAGGGACCAGGAGCGCGGCGGUCGAGAGGAGGAACCUGCUCACCGUGUGCCGGUUUUCAGUGAAGACUCUCCUAGACCGCUCCUGUUUUGAGACCAUGGAUGACUCGUCUCCAGAGUUGGUUAACUUUGUGUCCAUUCUAGAACAUAUACUCAACCAUCGUCUGAAAGGUCAGACGAAUUGGUUUGGCUACGAGAGUCAUCGAAGUUUCUGGGACUUCAUCAAAGCCGCCUGUGGCAAAGUAUCUCACAAUUGCAUCCGAAGCAUCGAAAGUAUGGAGAAUGUGCGGUCGUCCAAAGCUAAGGGUCGAGCUUGGAUCCGGGUGGUACUGAUGGAGAAGAGAUUGUCUGAGUACAUCUCAACUGCGCUAAGGGACCUUAAAAUUACCAGGAGGUAUUAUGAGGACGGGGCAAUCAUGCUGGGGGAGGAGGCGGCGCUUUUGGCCGACACGCUCAUUGGACUCAACACAAUCGACUUCAGCUUUUGUCUGAAAGGUGAGGGUCUCGAUGUCGGCGGCCCCUCGGUCAUUGACUACACGCCUUACUUGAAGUUCACUCAGAGCGCCGACAGCAUCAGCAGCGACGAGGAGGAGAUGCGCACACUGGGCAGCAGCGGUAGCAACAGCAGCACCCCGGACAAGAAGGCCACAGCUGCCUCCAUCUUUACUGAGCAGAGCAACUUGGUCAGCAAGUGCAAGCGCUUUGAGCAAAAAUAUCGAAUGGCGAUGGAGCAGAAGGCCUACCUUGAGGAGCUGGUGCGUCUGCGUGAGGCGCAAUUGGCGGAGGCGUCAUCACACCACAAAGCUCUUGAGCAGAGUCUGGUUGACAUGCACCUGUCGCACACGCUGGAAAAAGAACAGCUGGAGUUGAUCAUUUUGGAACUGCAGGAUCAGCUGACAGUGUUGAAGAACAAUGACUUGCGGUCGCGACAGGAUCUGACAGUCCACUUGACUAAUCAGUGGCCGUCUCCUGACGCCUUGGAUGCCAACGCUGUUGCCUUGGACACGCUGUUGUACAGGAAGAGCCCAGGAAAGUGGGAAAACAAGAGCCUCCACAAUCUACCUACUGACAUGAGCCUAUCACAGAUGUCCCUCGAACCGUCACAUGUGCUAACACUGGAGGCCAAACCACACUGGCCACGCCAAGGAAAAGAGCAGUCACCGUCUCUCCGCGGACUGUGCGGCUCUCUCACAUCCGUCAACAGUUUCAGGUCUUUGGCAAGUCUGCGGUCCAACGAGUGUCUGGCUAGUCCCGCCGCUGAAGUCAGCAGUCCUGGCUUUACUCCUACGUAAGGCCCUCCUUCACUACGACUCUACCAGCCAUCUUCUUGGCGCACUAAUAUAUUACCCUUUGUAGAAAUGUACAUUCUUGGUCACUGGCAGGUUUUAGCAUGCUGUUGGAAUGAGCUUAUUCAAUUGAAGCACUUUCUGACAUAAUGUAACUUUAACUUGAAUGCUUUAUACAGUAUUGGAAGACCUAUUUCAUGUGCCAACAUCUGAAGAGUUGGUCUCUCUUCAUUGUCGCCAAUUGUGGAAGGAGGAUCAUGUUAUUUGCACUUUUAUGAUGCCAUCAUUGUAUAAACAUCUUUAGUUUUGAGGUGUUUUUGUGCCUUUGUUUUCAGUGUCGUGCACAAUGCUUUUUUUGUUCUCAGGUUAUGACAACUAUGAUUGAUAUCUACCCCACCUCAGUUGAAUGAGAUAUGUUCCCUUUAAUAAUUUAGAUUCCAAUGCAGUAAUUCACUUUGGCUUGUGAUGACUGUGGUUGAAAGUUUGGCUUCUGCUGAAUGUGUAGCCGAAUUCUACAAAUGGCUUUUGUUAGUUCCAGCCAUUUGAAAAAAAAUGUUUAUGGCUUUUUAAACUUUAUUUUUGAAUAAACGUGAUUGGGGAAAAUGGUCUGAUUUGGGAGUUUUAUAGUAAAACU